AUGGCAACCAGAAAACUGGGCUCUCCUCAAAAGAAUACUGAAAUAUGUAAAACCCACAAUGCACCUGCUGAUGUGAUAUGUGAGGACUGUGAUAAAUUUAUAUGUGGUAGAUGUACAAAAACUGAUCAUAGAGAUCACGAUUGGAAAACUUUGCUUGCAGCAGCUAGCGAGAGGAGGAGUAGUCUGAUGAAAUUUCUGAAAAAGAUCAAGGAAGAAAAUCUGUGCAAGAUUGAAAAGAAGAUAGAGGCAGUAUCAAAACAAAUUGAUCACCAUGAUGUGAAAUCUACGCUGAACAAAACGAAGAACGAAAUUUCAGAGACAGUUAAGUUCAUAGAGGAGAACAACAUUAUUAUGUCCAAUUACAGCUUGAUUGACGCCCAUAGAGAACUGACAAAACUGAUGCCUGACCCGGUUGUUGAUUUGAAGAAUUGUGAACAUUCAAUAAGAUUCUGUAUUGGGAAAUUUGUUGAUAAGGAAUUGGAGAAUAUGGUUGGAAAAACUGUUGAUCUAGAUAUGAUCAAUCAUGGGAACAAUACCAUCUACUCUAUGUCACCUUUAGGCGUUCGAUCCUCCAGGGUCAUCGAAACAGAUCCACAGGUUCCAGUAGGAAUCUGUCAUUCAAUAGACGGCGGACUUCUUGUCACCUUUACAGAUCACGAACUAGAUUCACAUAGCAAGAGUUUGGUUAGGCACUUCACAGCGACAGGUGAGGUCAUCAAUGAAUAUGAGUACCAGGAGGACGGUCAGACCAGAAUGCUUGCAUGUCCAACUAAAAUUACACAGAACCGUAGAGGUGAUAUAUGUGUUGUGAACUACACAAGUGGCGAUACAGGUAAUAUUGUGAUUAUAUCUCCAUCUGGUCGUAUGAAGUCCGUCUACUGUGGACACAACUUAACGAAGAACUUUGUUCCAAGAGAUGUAGUGUGUGACUCCCUCUGUAACUUUCUGGUUACUGGCAUUAACAAUAACCAGAUCCAUCUUCUGGGUCCUGACGGGAAGUUCCUGAAGUUCUUACUGACAGACAAUGAAGUGAACCAACCAUAUUCGUUGUCCCUACACAAGUCUACUCCCUGGGUGGGAUACUCGUCUGGACUUGUCAGUGUUUCAGUACAGAAUAUAAAUGAAAUAGGCAUUCGUUUGAAUUAUUUUACUUAUAAUUCAUAA